GUUUUCUUUUUGAAUUUUCAGUAUGGCUCUCACCUGCGGGGCCAAGUGCGCCAAAGCCCUACUGAUCACCUUUAAUCUCAUAUUCUGGUUGUCGGGCCUGGCACUCAUCGGGCUGGGCGCGUUCCUGCUGAUCGACGAGCACCGGUCGACGCUGUUCCGGCUGUUCCGGGCGGACGAGCACUACGCGCUGCCGCAGUACCUGGCCUACGCGCUCAUCGGCACCGGCCUGCUGGUGCUCCUCGUCGGCUUCUUCGGCUGCUGCGGCGCCGUCAAGGAGAGCAAGUGCCUGCUGGGCGCCUACUUCGCCUUCCUGUUCGUCAUUCUCGCCUGCGAGCUGGCCAUCGGCGUACUCGCCGUCGUCUUCCAGGACAAGAUAUUAUCGGAUAUGAAAGACAACUUGAAUAACGCGCUCAAGAAAGACUACGGAAAAAAGACUCACGUGACCACUGCCUUCGACUGGGCACAGGCCAAGAUGCUGUGCUGCGGCGUGUUCGGGCCUGCGGACUAUGCGGAGAGUGUGUGGAAGGCGGAGAGCAUCGGACGCGGCGACAACGUGAGCAAGACGUGCUGCCGGCUUCGCGACGAGGGCGAGCCGGACGCGCACAAGAACCCGAGGCCGCUCAACGAGACGCUGUGCCAGGGCGACGACAAGCACAACCCGUACCGGCACAACCGGGGCUGCAUGGCUGCGCUCGAGGAGUUCGUCAAGCGGGAGAGCACGCUGCUCAUCGCCGUCGGCUGCGGAGUCGCCGGCCUGGAGAUGAUCGGCAUGAUCUUCUCCAUCUGCCUCUGCAAGGAGGUGUAGCCCCGCUGACCCAAGCCAGGAGCUGUGUUGCGCGGAAAGAAUGCGAGAGAGUGAGAUGCCACUAGGGUGGCUCUAGUCGAGUCACGGAACGCGAGAUACGUGUCGAGCAGGCGCUAGUGCCCUGUCGAGUGAAAGGUGCUCAUUUGAUUCUCCUCAUGCCCGAUUUGUGUCACUCAGCUACCAUCCCAUCUUCACUGUAGCCCUACUAGAACCACUCGUCUUUAUUUUUCAUCAUGUGCGAUACUUUUCAUGUUAAGCCGGCUGCAGCGCUCUCCACCAGAUGUGACGUUCACGCACGCUGAACGAGACGCCUCGCUCCGACGCUGCCUGUCGCCCUCCGGUUGCACUCUCCGAGUGAUAAAAUUAAAUGUUCCAAUGGGGCAAAGAGUUACCUCAAUGACAGGCACUAACAGUGUACGCUUUCAACGCACCAACGGAGUCACCGGCGACGUUUUGCAGCCGGCCGAUUAGGCUUCGAAGCAGCCGAUACUCUUCUGCUGUCUUAGCUUCGAUGAAACAUUAAAGCCAGCGCAAAAUUUUAAGCACCGAGCCUGGUUUUGUGAAACAUUUUACUGAAAUAUUUUAUCCACUUGUUGCGAGAGAGCAUUGUCGCGACUCCCUCGGAUAUAAAAGCUGCAUGUCCUCAUUUUGUUCUGUCACAGAAUGGCUAAAGGUAUUUUUGCAACCAAUCAUUGGCUUUUCGGUGUAGUCUUUAGAGAAGACCACCUGCGAAACGUCAGCGCUAGUUCCACUGCCCUCUCGCAGACCUUAGUAUUCGCAACUCGAAUAACCCGAGCGGCUAAGGAGCUUUCUCCUACGUCACCGUGAGGUUUAUGCAAUCAAACUGCGGCGGGUCUCGCAAUGCUUCUGGGCGAAUGGUCGCUCUAACUGCACUGCCGAAUCACGGAGAUCCGCCAGUCCGACACGUGCUUUCGAACAGUCGGUGUAGGCUCUGUGAGAAAAUCAGGUACACAUAAAUUUCCUGCAGAAAGCACAAUUAGGACCGUAUUCAUCAUAACGCGGAUGAACCCACUGACUGGGCCCACAACGUGUCCCUUAUGGUACAGCCAAACCUCAACUUCUGACUGCGCAUUUUGGGGCACACUGGCAGCGACAGAAGUACCAGACGGCUUGACACCAGCCCAACUAACAUUUCAGACCUUUCCGCAAAAUGGUGUUACUGUCAUUCUGAAGCGCACGUCGGCCUCAGGCUCGUUUUUUAUUCUGCGCUGUUUCGAUUGGUCAGCGAGGCCAGGUUGUUAGGUCUUUGCCACCAGCCGCAGUUAACGAGGGCAGCACUCAAGAUUCACUCAACGUGGUUUCUUGAGCUACAAGACCUUAGGCGAAAAUUUUCCGCGUACAGUUACCGAUAUGCUAUUAAUCAUCAUCACCGCCACCUGAUCUAGUUCCAAUGCAGGACGAAGGCCAGAUUUAAAACAGCGUGUUGCAUAUUGGAGAUCUCAAAGUUGUAAUCACAGCGGAUUGCCUCUGUGUAUUAAGGUGAUUGACACUUGCGUUUGCGGUCACAUGCAGCGUGAUUUUCUCGCCCUACGUUGCAGGGCCUGUACUGCCUAGUCACUCUCGACUCGGUGUGUUUCAAUGUCCGCCGCGUUGGCGGACAUUCAUGGAGUCGCAAGAUUGGCAACACCAGAUUACAGAAUGCGCUAUAAAUUUUAUAGUAUUUGUUGCACUUACCGAGCGUGGUCAACACCCGCUUUUUUUCCUUUUAUUUACAUACCCAUACGAGCUGCUUUCGGCAACUCUCGCUUGCUUCAAACUGAACGCCCGAAGACGCCAUCACCAUUUGGCGAUCGGGUGGUGAAAGGGUUUAGGCAAAAUUCCACAUUGUGCACCUUUGUCUACCGGAUGUUGUCUCGCCGCGGCUGCACCGCGGUUGCCCAGAUGGCCUGUGCUGCGCCGGACAUUUAUGUCGGCCGGUUGGAAUUAUGUCAGCAAAUUAUUAUAUGCUAUGUGAGAGGCUAUACAAAUAGUAUUUAUUUAUCAAAUAAGCACACAAAACGUACUUGAAUGACGACAAUGCAAAUGAAUUAUGAGUCCAGGCGGGCAUGCAAGCGAAACUAAAGCAACCUAUUCACCGAAUAAACUACGUAUACACCUAACUAACUUGUUUUUUAGCAACUUGACGACAUACGUUUAUAUUGAAAAGUUAAAGAAAAUCAUUCAAAGGCUAAUUCCCUGCUCCUAAAUUUUAAAAUGACCACGGAGUCCAAAAUACGGAGCGUCAAAUUAUUGGUUCAAUUUAGCUGAUUACGCAUGCGGCACCGCGAAGCGCAUCUGGUGGUGCAACUUCCCUGUGGGCGGCGAGGGCAGGGAGGCGCCACGACGGAAAUGACCGCUGCCAGACGAGCGAUGGGGACGAGCCGGCCGCUGUGUAAUCGAGUAGAUAGUUUGACGCCAGCUCUUGCGCCCUACAUGGCCAGUUUGCGUUGUUGAAAACAUUCAUAACGAUUGCCUUCGACUUUCCAAUAUAUACGUGUAUAAUUAUUUAAUUAGAGAAUAGUUUGCAUUGGGUUUUCUGUCAAGUGAUGUCCACAUUGACAGAUUAGGGGUGUGAAAAUAUAGAAAUUUUCGAAUCGAAUACAAAUCUUAGAGAAAGAUGACCAAAGAAUACCGAAUCGAAUAUGGAAUAUUUUCUCAUAUCUGAAGGGACAUCAAAUGCGACGCCUGUGCGGGGUCCGUUUCAUAAAAAAGCAGGCGUGCGUGUACUGGUGUGUGCACUGUCCACAUUUAGGCGUUCGAAGAGCUUGUAAAGUAUAAACAACUGCUUUGAAUUAUCUGGGGUACCUAAACGAAAUUUAAGAAUUGCGAGGUUUUACGUGUCGAAACCACCAUCUGAUUAUAAGGCACGCCGUAGUGUGGAUUAAUUUUGAGCACCCAGUACGUGGUACACGUCCGUUCUCGCAUUUCGCCCCCCGUCGAAAUGCGGCACCUCAUCAAUGACAGUAUUGAAACAAUAAAGGGAACAGCGCGUUACUAGAUGAUUGUAAAAUGUCGUGCUCACUAAAGAAGAGUACAGCACCGCACAUUGUUUCGGAGGUAUGCAAACACGGUGAGGCCGGCCAAAUUAUAAAUCGGAACAAAUUGGUAUAUGGCUGCCUACAUUCUUAUGGAAUAAAUGGAAAUUACUGAACAGAAGUUACCCGCGAGCUUGUGGCUCUGCACGAAACCCGCAGCAGAACCAGUCGCCCUCUCCGACAAGUGUCUCCACGUGUUCGAGAGAAACGAAUAUUCGACUAUUGCGAGUCGGGAAUUCUGUAAUCCCGGACUAUUCGGUUCAUAUUCGAAUAUUCGCACUCCCCGAAUGUGUGUAUAUAUAUAUAUAUAUAUAUAUAUAUAUAUAUAUAUAUAUAUAUAUAUAUAUAUAUAUAUAUAUAUAUAUAUAGACACACAUGGUGUCCCAACUAUCAUGUACCAAGAUUUACAAAUAUUCAAAUGCCCCGUAGCUGGACAGAACAAUGUUGUUUGCCGUCACUUGGAGAUACUAAGAUUAUUUUUUGCAUUCCGCCUAAUUAAAUAAUGUCUUAAUUAAUCAAUCAACUUCUCAAUAUUGUUGCGAGGCGGAAACAAGCACAAUGGCGUUUAUACAAGGCGAAUGCCGAAGGGCCAGCAGCAACAACACUUCUUCGUCAUCGUCUCUUGGCUGCUUGCCCUAUUCUUCUGCAUCACGACAAUAUUAUAAUUAGAUGAACAGUGUCAAUGAGAAAAUUGUACAGCAACAUGAAAAAGAUUCCGAGCCCUUCCACUACUGUGAAGAUGGAAGCCAGCAAAGCUGUGACUAUGGCGGGUCUGCUGUAGUGAAUAUUGCCCCCACGAUGAGAAUGGGCGUAUUUUCGUUGGCAUCACCCAACCGAUUAAUGUCUACCAUGAACGUUCCGGUUGAGAAACUCGCGUUUAAAACUGGCCCUCACACCGGGGAAGUUGACGCUAGCGUUGCCGAGGCGUGCACCGCCGUUCUUGGGUUCCUAGAGGUCAAGACGACGCUGACGUUCGGCCUCAACAUCGCGCUUCCGCAACUCCGGGUCGGCGGCUCUUCGCUGACGUUUGGCCUCAACAUUGCGCUCCCUCAACUCGGGGUCCGCGGCUCUUCGCUGACGUUUCGCCUGGGCUUCGGAAGCCCUCACGCUAGAAUCGGCACGUGGACGACGAGCCCUUUCCCGAGCGUGUUUGCAGCGGCGUUGCUCAAACGCGUUAGGACACGUCGUCAGUUGCUUAUGAAUGGCCCAUACCCCCUUAAGCAAUGGCUCAUAAUCCCGUAAACGCGGCCUCCCCAUUACGAUGACAGAAGUGAAAUUCUACGCUGGAAUGAUUAGCGGCAACGCAGCCAGCUGUGGAAGCAGACGACGACGACGACGAACAGGGAGCAGUGGCAUGAGCGCAAACCGUGGGGCGUCAACGAGCCAGCUGGGGAAGAGGACGACGCUCGCGCUGAUGAUGAUGGUUUUUAUUGUGAUAGCAAUUAUGUGGAGCGCAUUUCUGCCGUCGGCGUUGCUGUCGUCAUCGCCGUGAGGUUCCGUAUAAUGUCCAACGGCGAUAAAAUCGCCGCGCGUCGUACGCUGUGUGUGCGAGUGAAACCGUACGAGGGUGAGCCGGCAAUCGCGGCUCAAUGUAGCGAACGCGAGCGAGGAAGGCAGGCCUGAAGCGCUUCUUUCGCGCGCGAGGCGACGGAGAGAGAGAGGGAGGGUGGGGGUGCUCGGUCGGCUGCUGCUCACAUCGCGGCCGUACGGGCGCCGUAUCUUGAAAGCGAUGUGGCUGAAGUGCGCGCCCGCAUCAUCUUCAAAGCGAUCUGCGAUGGGGACAAAGUGCAUGCGCCGAGUGCCGGUAGCUUCCGCUUUCGACGUUCGCGUUGAAGCGAGACAGCGCGAAGGUCAAUUUGCCCGCUGCUGCUGGCGCGCUUUCUCACUCCAGCAUUUUCGAAGCGAGUUUCCGCGUUCAUCGAGCGGGAUGAGUUCAUGUUUACUUGAGGCACAACGACUAGGAAGACGAACCAAAGCUCCACCUCACCCCAAGCUAAACAGGCGGCAGGCGAGGGACUGGCGCCGAAUACAGACAAACACCUACCCACAUUUACAUAGACUGCACAAAAUAUUUCCUAACAAACACAGCGACAGAUAUCCAUGGUGCGACUCCACCCCGACACUAGAACACAUCACUUAUCAAUGCACGUAGCGUCCGGCAGACGCCGUCUCGCCGCUACUUGACGAUACACUUAGCAAUUGGUCGUGGGAGGCGCGACUCUCCGAACUGGACUUGGGAAGCCAAUUGGCGACCCUCGACCAGGCCCGGCGCGCCGCAAUAGCCAGUGGGGCCCUGGAAGAGGGGCUCCACCCACAGUGACCAAGCACGGUCUUAAUUUAAAUAAAGUUGUUUCUCUCUCUCUCUCUCUUCAUGUUUACCUGUGCGCGCGUGACACCGUGCUUGUCUAUUUAGUUAGUAAGCGAAUGUUUACAACUUUAUACGGCACAUUCAACUACGAUCCUUGCUUUGUAUAGCUCUCUACUAAUUUGCUAUCGCAAUCGAUGCUUCGCCUUUCGGACGAAACUGCGACGUUUUUCUACACGCGGACACGAUCCUGGGGGGACUAGCACCUAACAGCUUCGCUGUAAAACUUCCGAUACAGCUUUCUGCUGCUCAAUACGUGCUACAUAAAGUGUUUUUCCGAGCGUGAAAGAAGCCCGCGAAACCAAGCAAGAUUACCGCGCGACUGGCCGCUCGCGGUACUUUGCGUGUAUUCGCGGGCUUCUUUCACGCUCAGAAAAACACUUUAUGUAGCACGUAUUGAGCAGCAGAAAGCUGUAUCGGAAGUUUUUCAUGUUGCUCUACUGUUUUCUCAUUGACACUUUUCAUCUAAUUAUAAUAUUAGAGAAGCUGAUUAAUUACUGAUAACUAAUUAUCUAUUUAGGCGGAAUGCAAAAAGUAAUCUGAAUAUCUCCAAGCGACGGCAAACAUUACCUUGGUUCUGUCCAGAUACGUGGCAUUUGCGUAUUUUUAAACCUUCGUCCCCACCGGCCGAGGCGACGAGAGUGUAUAUUGUGGUCAGGGUACAGGACAUGGUCAAGGACGCCUGUGCUUCUGAAACAGUAGCGAAACAAAUAAUUUUGCGUGGCAGCCCGAAGCUUCGGUUAUCGUGACAUGCGCAUAAAGUUAUUUCAUACUGAUGUACGCGCGAAUAAAUGUGCAGAACGAAAGAGUUUCUGUAGACUCUUGCUUCAAGUAUUUUGGUGGCCCUUCAGGAGGUUCGAUUAUGCUUAAGAUUACACAAGUGUACAUUCUGGUCUAAGUCUCUGGUUAUAGAAUGUCACGUACUUACGGAUUAAAAUAGUGAUGUCUUGUUGUUCUAGUGCUAUGUGAAAUUGUUGUUUUGCAAGAUUAAAAGUUUAAAUACGCA